AUGAGCCACCAUGGAAAUGGGAACCUCUCAGGGGUGCUCUGGCAGGAGUUUGUGCUCGAGGGCUUCCGGGGCAGUGUGGAGACCCAGGCCCUGCUCUUUGCUGUCUUCCUGGUCCUAUACACUGUGACCAUCCUGGGCAACCUCACCAUGAUAGCAGUCAUCACCCUGGAUGCCCAGCUGCACUCCCCCAUGUACUUCUUCCUCAAGAACCUGUCCUUCCUGGACGUCUGCUACUCAUCUGUCAUUGCACCCAGAGCCCUGGCCAACUUCCUCUCCUCCUCCAGGGUCAUCAGUUUUGGAGGCUGUGCUACCCAGCUCUUCUUUUUCUCCUUGUUUGCUACCACUGAGACUUUCCUGCUGGCUGUGAUGGCCUAUGACCGCUUCAUGGCCAUCUGCAGCCCCCUGCGCUACCCCGUGACCAUGUCCCCCAUGAUGUGUGCCAGCCUUGUUCUCAGCUCCUACUGUGCAGGCGGCCUCAACUCCAUCGUGCAGACCAGCCUCACGUUCCAGCUCCCCUUCUGCCGCUCCCACCACAUCGACCACUUCUUCUGUGAUGUGGCCCCGCUGCUGCAGCUGGCUUGUGCUGACAUAUCCAUCAAUGACUUUCUGUUGUUUGGCCUCUGUGGCUUCAUCAUUGUCAGCACUACAGUAGCCGUCCUUGUGUCCUAUGGCUACAUCACGGUGACCGUCCUCGUGAGGCAUUCUGGAUCCAGCAGGCCAAAGGUCUUCUCCACCUGUGCCUCCCACCUCACCGCUGUGUGCUUGUUCUAUGGAACGCUGUUUGUCAUGUAUGCGCAGCCAGGGGCCGUGGAGUCCAGGGAGCAGGGCAAGGUGGUCUCCAUCUUCUACACCCUGGUCAUCCCGAUGCUCAACCCCCUCAUCUACAGUCUGCGGAACAAGGACGUGAAGGACGCUCUGCGGAGGCUGCGGCAGAGACGGGCGACCCUGUGA